AUGGCCGCACCUGUCCGCUCUGCCCCCUCGCCGGCAUUCCUCCUAAUAUAUCCAGCGACUUUGUUGGUGGGUUCGCUGUUCUCAGCGAUAUCACCGACUGCUCGUGGCACAAAUGACCGACCUCCCACGAUUUCGGCCCCAUCCGGAGCUUUGGCACCCUCCCUCGCUGCGGACCUCCAUCUCUCCGAGAGCCCAGUCAACUACUUUGCGCGAAAAAACAAUGUUUUCAAUAUAUAUUUCGUCAAAAUAGGGUGGUUAUGGACAACCUUGGCCUUUACUUCCCUUCUUCUCUUCCAGCCGACGUACCGUUCUUCCUCUUCGUCUUCCCAGUCCCAACAACAAACCCGACUGCGUCGCUCCCUCCAAGCCUUCCUCCGAUACGCACUCGCAACGACAGUAUGGUAUUUGAUGACACAAUGGUUCUUUGGUCCCGCAAUUAUCGACCGCAGCUUUGUGAUCACAGGCGGGAAGUGUGAGGAGGUCCUAGACAAAGUGAAGAAGGUGGGCUCGGAGCCAAGCCCCUCGGCACAACUCGAGAGCCUCUUCUCAGCUAUGGCAUGUAAAGCCGCUGGUGGAGCAUGGAGAGGCGGUCAUGAUAUCAGCGGACAUGUCUUCAUGCUAGUCUUAGCGACUGCUAUUUUGUCCUUCGAGGUCAUCGGCACUAGAGCCUUUGCGGCUUUUGCAUAUUCAGAGGUGGAGGUUACUCGCGAACGAAAGGCCAGUGACCCAGACACAUCACAAAAUGGGAGUCAAAAUGAGAUUUCUUCUAGUAGUGUACUUACAACAUGGUCACUGAGGUUCGUGUGGGGUGUUAUUGGAUUAGGUUGGUGGAUGCUUUUCAUGACAGCCAUCUGGUUUCAUACAUGGUUAGAAAAGUGGUCUGGCUUGACUGUUGCUUUAAGCACUGUAUACGUUAUUUACAUUCUCCCACGGAGACUCAAGCCAUGGAGGGAUGUUGUUGGAGUUCCGGGUUUAUGA